AGAAGUUUCUUUGACGGGUGGGAGGAGACUGAGCAGCUAUGAUAGGUAAUCAAGACAACUGGUGGCAGCAGUGGACCGAUACCAGUAUUAAACCUUUGACUAUCCUGAGGGCCCCUGAUGAGCCCUACGCCCGGCCGGAGGAGCAAGUCCUCAUCAACCGCCAGGACAUCAUGAGCACCAAGGAUGCCUGGGACAUCCAGGAGUUCAUCACUCGCAUGUAUAUCCAGCAGCUGCUUCGACACCCUGCCUUCCAGAUGCUGCUGGCCUUCCUGCUGGUGGUCAACGCCAUCACCAUUGCUCUGCGCACCAACUCCUUCCUUGGCCAGAAACACUAUGAGUUGUUCUCUACCAUAGAUGACAUUGUGCUGACCAUCCUCAUCUGUGAGGUUCUCCUUGGCUGGUUAAAUGGCUUCUGGAUUUUCUGGAAGGUUCAAGAACAGAGGUCAGCAGACUUUCUGCAAAGGGCCAGGACGGCUGGAACAUCCUCAACUUCCUUAUCAUCUUUACCUUGCUCCUGGGGUUGUUCAUUAGCGAACUCAAUAUCAACGCUAUCACCUAUACCCUCAGGUGAGCUGGGAACUCUGGGGAAAAGAAGGGCACCUGUCUGGACCCCGGGAGAGAAAUGGGGUGGGGAUCGUCUCUGCCCCUCUGGGCAGGUUGGGGGUAAGUGGGGCGGAGGGGCGCGGGAGGGGCCGAGGGGCACCCCUGAGAGGCUGUGCCAUAGGGCACUUCGUCUGGUACAUGUGUGCAUGGCGGUGGAGCCUCUGGCCCGGAUCAUCCGUGUCAUCCUGCAGUCGGUGCCUGACAUGGCCAACAUCAUGACCCUCAUCCUUUUCUUCAUGCUGGUGUUUUCCGUGUUUGGGGUCACUCUCUUUGGUGCGUUUCUGCCCAGGCAUUUCCAAAACAUGCAGGUUGCUCUGUAUACCCUCUUCAUCUGCAUCACCCAAGAUGGCUGGGUGGAUAUCUACAAUAACUUUAAGAUAGAGACAAGAGAAUAUGCAAUGGAGAUUGGGGGCGCCAUCUACUUUGCCACCUUCAUCACCAUUGGUGCCUUCAUUGGCAUCAACCUGUUUGUUGUCGUGGUCACCACCAAUCUGGAGCAAAUGAUGAAGGCAGGAGAGCAGGGGCAACUGCAUCAGAUAAACUUCAGUGAGGGAGGCAAGCAGGAGCUGGAUGAAAGUAACGAGCUGCCGGUGGUGCACUGUGUGGUUGCCCGUCUGGAGAUGUCUGGCGUCCCGCAGGAGCCACUGUCGGGGGGCCACCUGUCUAACCUCUCAGAAAACACCUAUGACAACUUUUGCUUGGUGCUCGAGGCAAUACAGGAGAACCUGACGCAGUACAAGGAGAUCCGAGAUGAGCUCAACACGAUAGUGGAGGAGGUCCGCUCCAUCCGCUUCAACCAGGAGCAGGAGGAGGAGCUGUUGAACAAGCACUUGUCACUGAACCUGUCGGUGGUGAGCGGCUCCUCCCUGGACAUCCGCGAUAUGACCUACCAGCAAGACUUGAUCACGGCACUCAUCAACAGGGAGAAGGUUCAGGAAUCCAACACAAACGUACUCCUUAACAAAAACAAGAGCAGCCGCUGAGAGGCAGAAUGGGAGCCAAGGGGCCUGAACACACACACCCUGCGGCAUUUUCCUGCAUCUCUAUGUGACUUGGCACAGUCUGUCCUGAGCCCACCUUCUGCCUUACACCCAGGCAAAUCCAUGGGGCUGUGAAGGGGGUGGCUUCUCCAGGGCUUGUGUCUGUGAGCCCCAGGUCCGGAGGAAUUCAGAUGGAGAAGGGUGCUGGAUGAGAGAAGGAGCCCCACAGCAAAGAGAGAGUGCGGAAAGGGAGUGAUGGCCAAGGCAGCCAAGAUUAGUCCUAAGGAUGGACAUCCCUGGUCCCCUGCUUUAGGCCAGAGCUAGCUGGGGCCCAAGUUGACCUAAGCACUUAGAGGAGAAAGGUGAAGCCAGUGGGGCCAGGAAUCUAUGUAUUGACAAUAAAGUUUUGU